AUGGAGCCGCACGAAAGAGUCAAAAGCCAUGGAACGAAGGGUCACUGCCCGGCCGGCACGUGCGAGGACGAGUUUAAUAGCCACGAGCUCGAGGCGCUGUUCCAGAACUACAACCUGAAGCUCGAGCAGACCGCCACGCUCAAGGCUCUCGCGGUGCUCAUCGUUGCCGCGUCGUCGCUCUCGUUACUGGAGCUGUUGUCCAGCCCGCGCCUCACUUUGUCCAAGGGCUCGUGCCCCGUGCACUGUGUGGUCUUCCUUUCGCUUUUCAUCGUCACUAACGUCAAAUACCUGCACGUGACGCAACUGCAACAGAUCGCCAAGCUCGCACUUCUCUUCAGCUUCACCUUUGCUUUGCUAUGUUGCCCGUUUCCACCUGCGCUAACAGGUGCGCGCGAGGGCACCCUGGGCGCCGUGGGUCCCGAACAGGGUGUGUGGCAACUCAUGCUGGUCACCCUCGUGGCCUACGUGCUGCUGCCCGUGCGCACGCUGUUGGCAGUGCUGUUUGGGGUCAUGCUUGCGGCAUCCCACUUCAUCGUCAUCGCAACAUCUUUCAACGGAAGAAAACAAAAGCUCUGGAGGCCGCUGGUGGCCAACGCUGUGCUGUUCACCAGUGUCAACCUGUCGGGGGUGUUCGUGCGUGUCCUCACCGAGCGGACCCAGAGGAGAGUCUUCUUACAAGCGCGCAACUGCAUCGAGGAGCGGCUCCGACUUGAGGAUGAGAACGAGAAGCAGGAGCGUCUGCUAAUGAGCCUACUGCCCAGGAAUGUUGCCAUGGAGAUGAAGGAGGACUUCCUGAAGCCGCCGGAGAGGAUCUUUCAUAAGAUCUACAUCCAACGUCAUGACAAUGUCAGCAUCCUGUUUGCUGAUAUUGUGGGCUUCACCAGCUUGGCUUCACAGUGCACUGCUCAGGAACUGGUCAAACUGCUCAAUGAACUCUUUGGGAAGUUUGAUGAGCUGGCAACAGAGAACCACUGCAGGAGAAUAAAGAUCUUGGGAGACUGUUAUUACUGUGUGUCAGGGCUGACCCAACCCAAAGCUGACCAUGCUCACUGCUGUGUGGAAAUGGGCCUUGACAUGAUCGACACCAUUGCGUCGGUGGUGGAGGCCACAGAGGUGGACCUGAACAUGCGGGUGGGGCUGCACACAGGACGGGUGCUGUGCGGCGUGCUGGGUCUCAGGAAGUGGCAGUACGACGUCUGGUCAAACGAUGUCACACUCGCAAAUGUGAUGGAGGCCGGAGGGCUGCCCGGAAAGGUGCACAUUACCAGGACCACGCUGGAGUGUCUAAACGGAGAUUAUGAGGUAGAACCAGGGUUUGGACAUGAGAGACACGCCUUCCUGCAAAAACAUCACAUCGAGACCUUUUUCAUUGUCCCAUCUCAUCGACGAAAGAUUUUCCCUGGUAUAAUUCUGUCAGACAUCAAACCAGCCAAGAGGAUGAAGUUUAAGACGGUGUGCUACCUGCUGGUGCAGCUCAUGCACUGCAGGAAGAUGUUCAAAGCUGAGAUCCCCUUCUCCAAUGUCAUGACCUGUGAGGACGAUGACAAGAGGAGGGCCCUGCGGACAGCGUCAGAAAAACUGAGGAGCAGGACCUCGUUUUCAGCCACGGCGGUGCAGCACUCCCCGGGAACACGCGUCAACCGCUACAUUGGCCGGCUCAUCGAGGCUCGCCAAACUGAGUCCGAAACAUCUGACCUCAACUUCAUCACGCUGUGCUACAGGAGCAGAGACCGGGAGCGACGGUAUCACCAGGUUUACGAUGACCAUUACAUCAGUGCCGUGGUCCUGUCUCUGAUCCUCGCCGCUCUCUUUGGCCUUAUCUAUCUGCUAAUGAUCCCGCAGGGGAUGCUGGUGCUGCUGCUGCUCGUGCUGUGUGUCUGUUUCCAUGUGGCCUGCGUCAUGUAUCUACACCUCACCAAGGUUCAGUGCCACCCGGGCUGCCUCACCAUCCAGAUUCGAACUGUGCUCUGCAUCUUCCUCGUCCUGCUCACCUUCUCUGUUUCUCAGGCCAGUGUGGCAGGAUGUGUUCCUUGGGGCAGAGUGGUGGUGGGCGUAAACUCCAGCCGCACUGUGGAGCUUAUCCGUGCGCACACACUUGGGACAGGGCCUGCUAACGCCACAGCGGGGGGUAAGAACUGUCCCAACAUGGCUUACGCUCUGCUGUCCUGUGUGGCUGGCACCCUCACCAUCGUACCCUACCUCCGCGUCUCCUCACUCCCCAAGAUCCUGCUGCUCUUCAUCCUCUCUGUCAUCUACUCUGUUGUCAUGGAGACCAGUGGAUACCGGCAAGCAGUGGGAGGAGGAUUUCUGCACACGCGCGGUUAUGACCCAGUGUUGGCGGUGAUGUUGUUCGCUGGGGCUUUGGCUCUUCAUUCUCGACAACUCGAUCUCAAACUGCGGCUUGACUAUCUUUGGGCUACUCAGGCGGAGGAAGAGAGAGAUGAUAUGGAGAAGGUGAAGCUUGACAACAAGAGGAUCUUGUUUAACCUGCUGCCUGCGCAUGUGGCUCAGCACUUUCUCAUGUCCAACCCCAGGAACAUGGACCUGUACUACCAGUCAUAUGCCCAGGUUGGAGUCCUAUUCGCCUCCAUUGCAAACUUUAAUGACUUCUACAUUGAGCUUGAUGGGAACAACAUGGGAGUGGAGUGUCUGAGGCUCCUCAAUGAGAUCAUCGCCGACUUCGAUGAGCUCAUGGAUAAGGAGUGCUACAGAGACAUUGAGAAAAUCAAAACCAUUGGCAGUACUUAUAUGGCUGCAGUAGGGCUGGUUCCUACAACUGCCUCCAAGGCUAAGAAGUCCAUCACCUCCCAUUUAUGCACAGUGUCUGAUUUUGCCAUUGAGAUGUUUGAUGUGCUGGAUGCCAUCAACUACCAGUCCUAUAAUGACUUCGUGCUGAGAGUGGGUAUCAAUGUGGGUCCAGUGGUUGCCGGGGUGAUAGGAGCCAGGAGACCUCAGUAUGACAUCUGGGGAAACACGGUGAACGUUGCCAGUCGGAUGGACAGCACUGGAGUACAAGGAAAGAUACAGGUGACCGAGGAUGUCUAUCGUCUCAUCACAGACUUCUACGAUUUCGAGUGCAGGGGUCAGGUCAGUGUAAAGGGCAAAGGUCAGAUGCUCACGUACUUCCUGAAAGGGCGGAGGCCGGGCAGCAGGCCAGCUCAUUCACAACACCAACAAACAAACUCGGAACGGAGAUCCAGCGCCUUCAGCCAUGGCAGUGUGUGCACCAGGCUAAGCCCUGCCCCCACGGUCACCACAUACGCCACCAUGAGGACAGCCAGUCCCGGGACCACCAAACCCACCGCCUCCACCAGCACCACCAGGUACCUGCCCUCUGUCCCUGUGGCCAUGGUCUGAGGGACAUGUGCAUAAAGACUAUGGAUGAGAAAGCUUCACCUGCUUUCUGCUACACACAGACACUCCUCGUCCAAUAGGAAGCCAGUAUUGGGCCCUAGUUUCAUGCAGGACUGACCAUGGGCAUUGGAGGAGGCCUAGCCCCUCUCACCUGAGCCCUGUGUGUUGCUUUACUCUGCAGGGUGCCGUGGACAGGAUACAGGAUGCUCUAGCCACGUUGCUCUGUAACCAAUCAAAGGCCAAGGACAUCUCCAGGAAUUCAAACUGUAUCCACCACUUUAACAGGCUAAAAUCUCUAAACAAUGCACAAUCGAUUGUGUAGCACAACAAGCCUCCACUAAUGGAAAGUCCUUUAAUCACUUUAACCUACCCUUUCUCUCAGUAUUAAACCAAAUCAGUGUUGUUGCCUUAGCAACCACUCCUCAAAAUGCCAUUUUAUGUUGCCUUUCAGGUUCUUUAUCGAUUAACUGAAGACCAAUUAGCACAGUUGAAGUAGUUACUGGAGCUUUGUCAUCAGAUGUAACAUUCAUUUAAGGGGAUGAAGCCAAAUGCUUGCAUACAUGGCGGUUAGUAGUAAAACUUGCCAGACACAGGAGGGCAUUGCCUUUGUCAUUGCCGGUUCGGUGACGUGGUUUCUUUGUGGCACAAGCCCCUUUACCUUUACCCUCAAAUGGCACAUGAGGUGAACUAGGACUCCCUGGGCCUGGGCUCAGUGUUUUUAAGUGCAUGAUGCCACUGCUGCAUUACGCUCAUGUUUGCUGUCUGUUUCCCUGUGAUGCUUGACUUCCAGAUUCUUCCUUGUCAAAGUGUAGCAAUAACUUGGUUUGUCUCUUCAGCCUGUUCCCCACUUGCAUGCUGUAGCCAGCUGGACCCUAUUUUGACCUGAUAGUGUAUGUAGCCAAUAGAGUGUGCAUAGCUAGCCACACAAUCUGUAUCUCUAUGGAUCUGAAGCAUGACUUAAACCUUAAUUUUCUGUAUUGUGUGAUUGAGUGAUUCCUUCCUUCUGAUGUUAUAUUUUAAAAGACAUUUUCAGCGUGCUUGUUUAUUAUUAAGAAUAUUUUCUAUGGUUAAGAUAUUCUGUUAUCUACUAUUUUUAUGAACACUUCUAAAAGCUGCUUUGGUACAAAAGAAAACUGCUGUUUAUGAGGAGACACCCAAACCUCUGUAUCUGACUUCCUCAAACAACCCAGAAGAUUGACUUUGCAGUGAGCAUGCUACUUACAGCGGGGCUAACCACAGCCUCAGCUCUCCUCUAAUCUGUAGAGCGUGCGUGGUCUGAGCCUUACAUUACACUACAUGGCUCUUACAUGCAUGCUUUGAUGAGACAGACACAGCCCAAGCAGCAGGGUGGCUCUUCUUCAUGUAGUUCUCAUGCAUGCGCUCAAGGUAGCAGUCCUCCUUGAAUGUCAGGUGCUUUUUGACUGUGUCUUCUCCAUGAGCUUGGUGUGUUUUGAGGACAUUUCAGGACAGAUUGACAUCAGGCAAGGGGUGGGACUUCUCCUCUCCCUUUCUUCCUGUUGGGGUCAACAGGUAGCUGGUUUUCAAAUGUGCCAACCUAUUUUCAUAAACAUAUCAAGUUGAUCGUGUUGAGCUGUAGCACUACUGAACGUGUGGCUACAACUGUUGUGGAUUUUCUUUUUUUGGAUGCCUGUAUUUUGAUGUUUUAAGAUGUUUAAGAUCCUUGCUGGUUUUAUAACAAAAACAAUGGCAAGUGUUGAUUUUGGAUAUAUUUAUUUGGAGGCCUGAUGAAAUGAACUUGUAAUUUAAAUAUUGUGUAGUCACAAUAGCUUAAGCGCUUUCUUUGAGUUUCCAAGAGGUUUAAAUGAGGAUUUUUAUACACUUGCUUUAACAGUCAGUAACAUUGAUGGAAAGGGUUAUGUACAAUAUUUUUCCUGUAAAUUUAAUAUUUUCUUACUGUAUAAUACGGGUUUCAAUUGUUAUAUGUAGGUAUUACUAGCUAUUACUGUCUUUUUC